UGCCGACUCACUUUUCUUUUUGCACUGCUCCCACGGAGAUGCGCCUCACGCUUGUGGCUUGCUGCUGCGUGUUGGGCUGCAGCCAAGCCCUGCUUGCAUAUGAAAAAGAUGAAAGCAUGGUGCAGCUGCCUGGUGGGACAUUUCAGAUGGGAUCCAGUUCCCCAGAGAACAGAAAUGAAGAAGGGCCUGUCAGGGAGGUGACCGUGAAGCCAUUUGCUAUUGACAAAUAUCCCGUCACAAACAGGGAUUUCAGGGAGUUUGUUAGAGAAAAGAAAUUCAAAACAGAAGCAGAAGCAUUUGGCUGGAGCUUUGUCUUUGAGGAUUUCGUAUCGGAAGAGAUGAAAAAAAAAGUCACCCAAAAACUGGAGUCUGCCCCUUGGUGGCUGCCGAUUGAGAAGGCUUUCUGGCGACAGCCUGCAGGUCCUGGCUCCAGCAUCAAGGACAGGCUGGACCACCCGGUGCUGCAUGUGAGCUGGAAUGAUGCACGGGCGUUCUGUGAGUGGAAGGGGAAGAGGCUCCCUGCUGAGGAAGAGUGGGAGUUUGCCGCACGGGGAGGACUGGAGCAAAGGCUGUAUCCCUGGGGAAACAAGUUUCAGCCAAACCGUACAAACCUGUGGCAGGGCGAUUUCCCAAGGGUUGACACAGCUGAAGAUGGUUAUCACGGGGUGUCACCAGUGGCAGCAUUCUCACCUCAGAACAACUAUGGGCUCUACGAUCUGCUGGGGAACACUUGGGAGUGGACUGCGUCAGAGUACCUGGCACCAGGACGCUCGAGGCAGCGUGCUCAGAAGAUGCACGUCCUGAGAGGGGCCUCUUGGAUUGACACUGCGGAUGGGUCUGCAAAUCACAAAGCUCGUGUUACCACCAGAAUGGGGAACACACCAGACUCAGCGUCUGAUAACCUCAGCUUCCGCUGCGCUGCUGACAUCCCAGACCACACCGCUAAGAAAAGCAGGACCAAACCUGAACUCUGAAGAGGUCACUUGGAAAGACUGUAGACACUUUCUCCUGUGGAGAUGAACAGUAAUCCUCAACAGUCACUUUCAUUAAACCCAGGCAGUUUUAAAAAUGAAAAGUACUUUCAGCUAAAACUCA